UAUAUUAGAGUGGGAAAAUACUAAGGAUUAAUGAAAAAUAAAUAAAUUAAAAAUAUUUAAGGGUUAAUGUUUUAUAUUAAGUUUGAAAUCGAUCGCUGAUAUACGUAAAUAAUAUUAUUAAAGAUUGUUUAAUUGGGUCGAAAAUCAGACUAUAUACAUUUAAUAUAUUAAUAUACUGUAAAUUUGUAAAUUUUAUAUUGUUACAUUUCAGAAGUGCAAUUGUAUGUGCGUUUAAAGAAAUAAUAAUAAUGUAAAGAAAAAAAACAAAUCCAAAGAAUCUGACCUGAAAAGAAAAAAAAAAUUUCAAAUAUUUUAACAAGUGUCAAACGAUAAUUGUUUUUAAUUUCUUAUUGUUAUUUAAAAGAACCAUUAAAAGUGAACCAAAAAAUAAUUAAAUAAGAAUUAAAAAAAACUAAGAAUUUAAAUUGAAAAGAACCAGAAAACAGUUGGCAAUCCAAAAAAUAAAUAACAAAAACUUGUUCCAACUACGUGUCUUCUUUUUUUUUGUUUUCUUCGUCUAAUUUAUUUUGAAUAAAGAUGGCGAUUGAGUUUUACAGAAAUUUUAUACAUUUUUGUUUAAUCUGCUCUUAUUAUGGUGUUACAUCAUUAUUACAAGAACCUACAAAUGCAAAUAAUAUGAUUACAAAACAAUGGAAACUAUUAGAAUAUGAUUUUGAAAAUAAUAAUAAGUUACCAAUAAAUGAUAAAAGUUUUUAUAAUCCACAAAAUAUUGUUGCAACAGGUUUAGCUGUGUCAUAUGAUAAAAUAUUUAUUGCAACACCAAGAUUAUUUUCUGGUGUAGCGGCCACUGUUAGUACAGUAUCAAAAUAUCAUUAUGAUAAAUCACCAAAAUUACAGGCUUUUCCAGAUUGGUCAUUUCAUACAGUAAGUCUUAAAGAAUAUAAUUGCAGUGAUUUGGGAUUGGUAUCUGUUUAUCGUCUUCGUAUUGAUUCAUGUAAUCGGUUAUGGGCAUUAGAUGCUGGUGUUUCUAGAUCAUUAGAAGAUUAUGAAAUAACAUGUCCACCAAAAAUUUUAAUAUUUGAUUUGAAUACAAAUCAAGUUAUUAGAAGAAUCGAUUUUCCAAAAGAAGUGAUAAGAGGCGAAUCUUUAUUCACGAAUUUGAUUAUUGAUGAAACAACAUCAAAACCUGGUGGUAAUUGUGAUGAUGUUUUUGUUUAUAUAAGCGAUACUGUAGAACCGGCAAUUGUGGUGUAUGAUAGUGGUAAUGAUCUCACAUGGAGAGUAUCACAUCCAUCAAUGUAUCCAGAUCCUGAUUUUGCACAAUCCGAAAUUGAUGGACAAAAAUUUGUUUUAAUGGAUGGUAUUGUUGGAUUAACAUUUGAUGAAAGAACUGGUAUCAUUUAUUUUCAACCAUUAGCAACUGAAAGGUUAUUUUCUGUUACAAAAGAUGUAUUAAGAGCUGGACCAUUAUCAAAUAAUGAAGUUCUACCAGUUAAAUUAGUUGGAAAAAAAUCAUCUCAAGGUAUCGGUCUAACAGUAUCACCAUUUGAUAGUAGUAUUAUAUUUAGUCCUUUAACUGAAACAGCAGUUGCAUCAUGGAAUCCAAAUACAAAUAAGCAAACAAUAAUAGCAUAUGAUCCAAUUGCAUUACAAUUUGUUGCCGAUAUGUCAUUAUCAACAAGUGAACCAAAUUUAUUUUAUUCUUUAUCAUCAAAAUUUCAUCGAUAUUUUUUAAAAAAUUUAAAUAAAAAUGAAUAUAAUAUAAGAAUAACAAAAAUGAAUUUACCAAUAAAUCUUGUUAAUGAUAUACACUCAAGAACGACAAUAUAUAAUCAAAAUCCAACAAUAUUACAAUCUAAAACAUUAUCAUCAUCAUCAUUGCCAGCUUCUAGUAUUGUUCCAACAUCAACAAAAUAUUCUACAAGCAAUAAUAACAACAAUAACUUUGGUCAAUUACAUUCAAAUUCAUUAUUAGAUCGUAAACAACCAUUUCCAUCACAAUCAAAUCAAUAUUUUCUUGGUAUUGAACAACCAUAUCAAUAUGAAUCAGUUGGUUUAAUAAAUCGAGGUCUAACUAAUCCAUUCACGGCCUUAAAUCAAGGUGAAGAAUUUCCAUCGAAAAAAAUUACUUCAGUAUUACCAGUGCCAUCAAUAUCAUCAUCUUCAUCAUCAUCAUCUGAAUUAGAAAUUGGAAAAGGAAUAAAUCAUAAUAGUUAUCAUCAUCAAUAUCAUAAUCAACAUCAUCAUCAUCAACCACAUCAUCAAUUGCAUCAUUUUCCAACAGUAAUAACAUCACCACCAUCAUCAACACAAUUUCAUCAUGAAAACUAUUUGAGAAGUAUUCAAGGAACAGCAUUCUUUAAUUUUAAUAACAAUAAAUUAAGAAUUCCGAAAAAUGUUAAUGAAACUCAAAUUUUUUAAAAAAAAAAUGUUAUAAGGAGAAAUAAAAAUUUUUUUUACACUU